GCUGGUCCAAGUCACGUUAUAAAGAGGCAGGCGGAGGAGAAAGAGGAGGUGACAGGGGGCUGUGCGGGGUUCCCGUCUUCCCAGCGACAGAAAGGGGCUGCGCGCGCGGUCGGGCAUCAACCAUGUGCGGUAUCUUUGCUUAUUUGAACUACAGAGUACCUCGGACAAGGAAAGAAAUAUUUGAAACACUGAUAAAAGGACUACAAAGACUAGAAUACAGAGGAUAUGACUCUGCUGGUAUUGCAAUUGAUGGGAAUGAUAAUAAAGAUAAAGAACGGUACAUCAAAUUAGUGAAAAAAAAAGGAAAAGUAAAGGCUCUUAAUGAGGAAUUGCAAAAGCAAGAAGGCUUGGAUUUAAAGACAGAUUUUGAGACACAUUUUGGCAUCGCUCACACUCGCUGGGCUACUCAUGGAGUACCCAAUGCUGUCAACAGUCACCCCCAACGAUCAGAUAAAAGUAAUGAAUUUGUUGCUAUCCAUAAUGGAAUCAUUACAAAUUACAAAGACCUGCGGAAGUUUUUGGAGAGCAAAGGUUAUGAAUUUGAAUCUGAAACAGAUACCGAAACUAUUCCAAAGUUGAUCAAAUAUGUGUAUGAUAACAAAGAAACUGAAGACAUGAGUUUUUCUGUCUUGGUUGAGAGAGUCAUUCAGCAGCUGGAGGGAGCUUUUGCACUGGUUUUCAAAAGUAUCCAUUAUCCCGGGGAAGCUGUUGCUACCAGGAGAGGGAGUCCUCUACUCAUUGGAGUUCGUAGCGAAUCUAAGCUCUCCACUGAACAAAUUCCCAUUUUAUAUCGAACAUGUAAUAUAGAAAAUGUAAAGAAUAUGUGCAAAACACAAAUGAAAAGACUGGACAGUUCAACCUGCCUUCAUGCUGUAGGCGAUAAAGCAGUUGAAUUUUUCUUUGCUUCGGAUGCAAGUGCCAUAAUUGAGCACACCAACAGAGUUAUUUUUCUAGAAGAUGAUGACAUUGCAGCAGUGGCUGAUGGGAAGCUUUCCAUUCAUCGGCUAAAACGUUCUGCUACUGAUGACCCAUCUCGAGCCAUUCAGACUUUGCAAAUGGAGCUGCAACAGAUCAUGAAAGGGAACUUCAGUGCCUUCAUGCAGAAGGAAAUAUUUGAACAACCAGAAUCUGUUUUCAAUACUAUGAGAGGAAGAGUGAACUUUGAGACCAACAAAGUUCUUUUAGGUGGCUUGAAGGAUCACUUGAAAGAAAUCAGAAGAUGCAGACGAUUAAUAAUUAUUGGAUGUGGAACCAGUUAUCAUGCUGCUGUGGCUACACGUCAAGUAUUGGAAGAACUGACUGAGCUCCCUGUCAUGGUGGAACUGGCUAGUGAUUUUCUGGAUCGGAAUACCCCUGUAUUUCGAGAUGAUGUGUGCUUUUUCAUCAGCCAAUCAGGAGAAACUGCUGAUACAUUGAUGGCUUUACGGUAUUGUAAGAAUCGUCGAGCUUUGACAGUUGGCAUUACAAACACAGUGGGAAGUUCAAUAUCCAGGGAUACGGAUUGUGGUGUUCAUAUCAAUGCAGGACCUGAAAUUGGUGUUGCAAGCACAAAGGCUUAUACCAGCCAGUUCAUCUCUCUUGUGAUGUUUGGUCUGAUGAUGUCUGAAGACAGGAUAUCCUUGCAAAAAAGAAGACAGGAGAUCAUAAAUAGUCUAAAGUCAUUACCUGAGAUGAUUAAAGAAGUACUGUCUUUGGAUGAGAAAAUACAUGAUCUGGCACUUGAACUAUAUAAACAACGAUCACUUUUGGUUAUGGGUCGAGGAUACAACUACGCUACUUGCUUGGAAGGAGCACUGAAAAUCAAAGAGAUUACAUACAUGCAUUCUGAAGGUAUCCUGGCUGGGGAACUGAAGCACGGGCCAUUGGCUCUUAUAGAUAAACAAAUGCCUGUUAUUAUGAUAAUUAUGAAGGAUCCCUGCUUUACCAAGUGCCAGAAUGCUCUGCAACAAGUCACUGCCCGACAGGGCCGCCCUAUUAUUUUAUGUUCUAGAGAAGAUACUGAGAGCUCCAAAUUUGCUUACAAAACAAUUGAGUUGCCACAGACAGUAGAUUGUCUACAGGGAGUUUUGAGCGUGAUCCCUCUACAGCUGCUUUCGUUCCACCUGGCUGUUCUCAGAGGAUAUGAUGUGGAUUUCCCAAGAAAUUUGGCUAAAUCUGUGACUGUAGAAUAAGUAUUGUUUCAUAAAACAUAGCCUGAUAAUGUCAUAAUGCUAAGUUUAGGCUUUGUUUAGCCUAACUUUGGCUGGUUUCAGUGGAUAAACUCACCACAGGUAACAAAUCAUGGCUUUUUCUUGGCAGUUUGAAGCCAUGAUUUGAAACUGAUUUUCAAAUCCUGAUUUAUUUUAAUCAACUUGUUAUGUCUAAACUUGGAUUCCUGGUUUGUUUUUGAAAUUUGUCUCAGUGCAAUUUAAGAGCAGUUUAAAAGGGUACCAUUCAUCAGAAUAAACUUUUCUUUUCUUUUCCCUUAAUUUUCCUGUUAGCAGUCUUCUUUCCAAAGUGAGUUCUCUGCACAUACGGCAGAGACCAAGCAACUCAUUUUCCAAAAGCAUAACAUCCCUUUCUCAGAAGGAAAACUAAGGAAGUUCAGAAAAAUAUCAAUAGGGAAAGCACAC